AUGCCACAAGGGGAAAACCGCGAAAGGAGGCCCCUGCUCGGGACCGAGGAGAGCUUCCCCGGCGAGCGGCGGGUCCGUCGCGUGUGGGAUGGCUUCCUCGACUUUGCUCUGCAGGGCAACAUCUUGGAGAUUGCUUUUGGAUUGAUCCUUGCUGCUGCCUUUACCACCAUUGUCAACUCGUUUGUUUCCGAUAUUCUGCUCCCGCCCCUAAGUGUGCUUCUGCCCCUGAACAAAAACCUAGACGAGAAGUUUGCUGUGCUCAAACCCGGGCCCAAAUAUGACCCCAAGCAUGGAGGUUACCCUACCAUCAAGAUGGCCCAGGACGAUUCCGCCGUCGUCAUGGCCUGGGGGUCUUUCGUAAACAAGUCGCUCAACUUCCUGGGCAUCGGCAUUUCGCUAUAUGCGCUGGCGGGCCUCUACCAGUACUUCUCCAAGGACCCCAUCAUCAAGCACCUCCGCAAGUGCCCGUAUUGCAGGAAGAACAUCAACGAGAAGAUGCCAAUGAUUGAGAUGAGAGGAAGCAAGGCGGCGAGGAUGAAGAGUUCCGUGUCGGACAUCUUUGCUGUAGUUCUCCGGGCUACGUCAUAGUUAGUGCUUCCAUAGCAACUGGAUGGGGGGGAGCAGAGGGAACCAACCGGUGCUGUUUGAGUGGCAGGACAGAGCAAAGC